CACGCCAGAAACCAGCAAGGAAGAGGAGAAAGAGGCCGGCAGAGUCAGGGAGGCCGGGUCGGGUUUCAGACUCAGCACCGAUCACUCAGAAAGCUGCGAUGCUGGGGGCCCGCCUGGGGCUCUGGGUCUGCACCCUGAGCUGUGCAGUCCAAGCCUAUCCCAACAGCUCCCCGCUGCUGGGCUCCAGCUGGGGCGGCCUCACCCACCUGUACACGGCCACGGCCAGGAACAGCUACCACCUGCAGAUCCACAGGGAUGGCCACGUGGACGGCUCCCCGCAGCAGACAAUCUACAGCGCCCUGAUGAUCAGAUCGGAGGAUGCGGGCUUCGUAGUGAUAACAGGUGUGAUGAGCAGGCGGUACCUCUGCAUGGACUUCACAGGCAACAUUUUUGGAUCCCAUCACUUCAGCCCGGAGAGCUGCCGCUUCCGGCAGCGGACGCUGGAGAAUGGCUACGACGUGUACCACUCGCCGCAGCACCGCUUCCUCGUCAGCCUGGGCCGGGCCAAGCGCGCCUUCCUGCCUGGCACCAACCCGCCCCCGUACGCGCAGUUCCUGUCGCGCAGGAACGAGAUCCCGCUGCCACACUUCGCCGCCACCGCGCGGCCCCGGCGCCACACGCGCAGCGCGCACGACGGCGGGGACCCGCUCAGCGUGCUCAAGCCGCGUGCCCGCGCCACGCCCGUGCCCGCCGCCUGCUCCCAGGAGCUGCCCAGCGCCGAGGACGCCGGCCCCGCCGCCAGCGACCCGCUCGGGGUGCUCCGCGGACACCGGCUGGACGUGCGCGCCGGCUCCGCAGGCGCCGAGCGCUGCCGGCCCUUCCCUGGCUUCGCCUAGGGCGCCCGACUUGGGAAAGCCACAUCGUCUCCUGGGGGACAGGCUGCCCUGCCACCCCCAGCAGAGGAGGUGGAGUAGGGUGGCAGCUCACUCCCCGGGAGGUCCAGCACCCGCCGCCCCAGGGGGAAUCGCCCUUUGAGGCCUGCGGAAUGGAAAUCCUCACCUUCCUCAUCCCACCUCUCCACGCACCCCUGGGAGAGAAGGGGUCCCCGCCCACUCUCCUCUUCCCUCUCCUGUCCUCUCCAUCAGUCCAGUCGUUAAGAACAAAGGCUUAGAGACUUCCCUGGUGGUCCAGUGGUUAAAAUUCAGCCAUGCCAAUGCCGGGCACGUGGGUUCGAUCCCUGGUGGAGGAAUUGAGAUCCCACAUGCCUUGCAGGCCAAAAAAAAAAAAAAAGCAACAAAGGUUUAGGGAGUUGAUACCCCCAACACCCGCACCCCUCACCCACAGAGUUGAAGGGGAGAGCCCAAAGCCAGCAGCUUCUCCACUACUCCCCUACUUUGUGUCAUCUGCCCGGACCCUGCUUGACCUUGACCUGGGAGGACAUUAACAGAUCAACUGGGCAAUCCUACUCACAAAUAUCCUUAAGCAUCUCUGGAGAAGCCUGUCCACAAGAUUGGCGGUAGGCUGGUCAAAACUUAGCCAGAAUGACUGCUCAGAGAUGGGAGGCAAGGGAUCAAGGUGGAAACAUCCCCUCCCUACUGGGCUGUCCCCCUGCCCUGCUCUCUCCCUCUCCGCGGCCAAAGCCCAGGGCCCAGAGUGACCCCUGCGGCCCUGACACAGCCCUGCCUCUUGGACCGCCUCUGGCUUGAGUGAUUUGAGUCUGAGGAGGGGAUCUGGUCUUGGCUCCUGAUAAUCUACCCUGCUAGGAUUUGUUUUUCCAAAUGGAAAAAAAUUCAAACUCUCCUAAGAGGCAUUUAGCUAAGUCUGCUUCCAGGGUGACUGGCAAUCCCAACUACACAACUGUUGCAGGGAGGGGCCUUGAGACCACUGCGGUGGGUUUGGGGUCUCUGUAGCAAUUGUGCCCUUUCAUGAAGUGGCAUUGAGGAUCCUGGGGAAAGAAAUCCAGGACUGGGGACCCCAGUGCAGGAGUCAGGAAAAGCCAGCACCGUCAACUCUUCAUCACGACCCUACCUGCCCUGCAGCCGUGACCAGAGGCUUAGCUAACACGCUCCUAGGCUGGCAUGUCUGGGUCUUACUCUGCUUGGAAGUUCUUGGGGCACCAAAGACAGUUUUCAGUCCCAGAAGCCCCAGCGCCACCCUGAGGAAUACCGACUCUCACUUACAGACGAUGGAGCACCAGCCAGGGUACUGAUGACUUAGGCGUCCUCAGGGCCCCUUCCUACCUCUGCUUAAAUGGCCACCUGAAGAGGAGAAUGUGGGCAAGCAGGGCAGAUCUGAAUAGCAGCUUCCUCCCAGUCACCUCGCCACCCUCCUUGCAGCAGCCCCCCUCUUCUCAUCAUGCACCCAAUCUUAGAAAUUGACCCACUGUCCUCACCUGAUGGUUUUAGGCUGAUGACCGGUUCCUAUUUCGAAACACUCAGACUUGUAUGACACUAUAUGGCAGUACAUGGCCACUAUUUCCUCUACAGUCUUCAUUUCCCACUGGAGAUACUGUUAUACUGUACAAGAGCUACUGGAGAACCACAUGGAAAGGACUUCGGCAGAAAACUGCUUCAUUGGGGUUUUCUCUUUGGCAGAGCCGAGGGAGCCCCACAGUCUUUUGUCCCUUAGCACAUGGCAAUAUUUAUUUAUUUAUUUGGAAGAUUUUUGCCUCUCGCUCUAUAUUUAUAGAUAUUUAUAAAAAUGUAACCCCACCCUUUUCCUUUCUUCUGUUAAAAAAAUAAAAUUUAUCUCAGCUUCUCUUAGUGUUUCUUUUUCUGUAUGAGUACACAAAAGUAUAUCAAAAUAUGAGAAUAAAAGGAAUUAUGGUAGAGGAGCACUGGGAAAAUGUAGAGAAAGCAAAGUUGAAAAAAAAUCAGAACUUUAAAAUAUUCCAGGUUUUUCCCAUACACAAAUGAACUCAGUAAUUUUGACUAAUUCAGACAGAAUUCUGGAAAACAAAGAAAAAAUUUUAAUCGUGAUUGUAUUUCUGAUCACUUUAGCUUGUUGUUUCCUUCAAAGAGAGAAAAAAUUUUUAUUUGAAAAAUACCCACAGACAUAACAACAUCAAGAUCCCAGUAACCCUCUGAAGGAAGAUGACACAUUCUAGGCUCUAGACGAAAUAAGGGGAAAUGGCCCACAGUCCGGAGAAAAUGCAAUCACUAGAGACCAGCCAUUAGAUGAGCCAGAUCCUGGAAUCAGCAACAGGAACUUUGAAGCAGUUAUGAUAAAUAUAUUUAAGGAUUUAAAAGGAAAGAAUGGUACUAAGGAAUAAACAGAUCAGAGAAAAGAAACAAUAAUAAAGAACCAAGUAGAAAUCAAGAAUUGAAAGAUAUAAUAUCUGAAA